AUGUCUUCGGCUUUAUGGGUCUGCUGGGGGCUGCUAUGCGGACAUCUGGUGGCCUUCAAGGCACCCAAGUCCUGGCCGAACAAGUUCCUCAUCAACGUCUGGGGUGGUUUCUCCGUCAUCUUCGUCGCCUCGUACACUGCCAACAUUGCUGCCUUGAUAGCUGGCCUCUUCUUCCACUCGGCCACUGCCACCCCUAACGACAACAGUCUACUGUCUCAGAGAGUAGCUGCUCCCGAAGGAUCUGCAACGGACUACUACGUUCAGAGAGCGAACAGGAUGCUAUGGGAACACAUGAGAAGAAUAAAAGUUCCAGAUGUUUCUGUUGGUGUGCAAAUGUUAAAAAACGGAACACUUGACAUCCUCAUAGCCGACUCCCCCAUCCUGGAUUACUACCGAGCCACAGAUCAGGGAUGUAAAUUGCAGAAGAUUGGCGACCAGAUCAACGAUGACAUGUAUGGUAUAGGCAUGAUCAAGGGGUUCCCGCUAAAGGAUAGUAUUUCCUCUGUUAUUUCUAAAUUUACGAGCAAUGGAUAUAUGGAUCUCCUCCAGGAGAAAUGGUAUGGGGGCCUGGCAUGUUUCACUGUUGACAAUGAUAUGUCCCAGCCGAAGCCCCUCGGUGUCUCUGCGGUAGCAGGAGUGUUCCUACUUCUGGGUCUUGGUCUCCUCAUGGGUUUCAUCAUCCUCAUGAUUGAACAUCUGUUUUAUAAGUACACCUUGCCUAUUCUAAGGCACAAGCCAAAAGGUACCAUUUGGAGGAGCAGGAAUAUAAUGUUCUUCAGUCAAAAACUGUACAGGUUCAUAAACUGUGUUGAAUUAGUAAGUCCUCACCACGCUGCCCGGGAAUUGGUGCAUACUAUCCGACAGGGACAAAUUACAAGUCUUUUUCAGAAAAGUGUUAAGAGAAAGGAGCAUGAACAAAGGAGAAGAAGAAAAAGCAAAGCUCAAUUUUUCGAAAUGAUACAAGAAAUAAGGAGAGUUCAGCAGGAAGAGAAACAAAACAGUUUGACAACUGAUUGCAGUACGGGUAGCAGGCAGAGUCCUAGGAGCAGGAAAUGCAGGAGUCCACAACUGCUGAGUCCUCCAGAACAUGGGCGAAGGAUAUCCAAGCUUCCGAGCAAGCUUGAACUGGCUCGAAGAUUCAGUAAAGAUGUGUUCAGAUCGAAAAGCUCUGGUAAUCUGAGUUUAAGGAGGAUGAGUUCCGAUAUCAACUUUGCGGCUAGUCGUUUUCUGGAGUGUCAUAGUUCACAAGCUAUAGGAAGAAGGUUAAGUCGAGACACCAACCCGAGUCCACCAGACAUAAAUUCAAGACGGCAGAGUCAUUUUUUGACUCCUGAGCUAAGUGUGGCCAGUGCAGCUGAACUGGAAGUAGCAGCACCACGUUCUCCAUAUCUUGUUCCACCAGAAAUUGCUGUUCAUCCCCCUCCUCAAGUAACUACUGGCCACAGAUUCUCUUACAUAGACACUGGAAAUCCAGCAUUUAGGGAGAGAUUGGCUAGGUUCACUGGUGAGCGUUGUCAGUCAGAAGAGAUGGAGGAAAGGCGAAGGAAUGCUCCUUCUCUCCUUGAACAAAUCACUAAUAUGCAGGAUCAGUUUCCAAACAAACCAAAAGUAGUCUCCGUCCUCCCAAAAAAUAAAUCAGCUUCAGAUAUGGCACUAAGGCCAGAUGCCUCACCACUUGAGAGAUUAUCAAGAGAAGAACUUGUUGGCCUAUCUCAGUGUCCAGGAACCGAGCUCAAGAAAAGGGUUCUAGAUGCUCUUAAAGACAAAGAUCCUACUUGACUUAAUUAGGAUGGCAUGAUUAGUUUAAGUGAAAUUGUAAAUAUUUAAUUAUAGGCAUGUUGAUAUUUGUC